CCUGUGUGCACAGGCAUCAUGUUCCGAAAGAAAAAGAAGAAACGCCCUGAGAUCUCUGCUCCACAGAACUUUCAGCACCGUGUCCACACCUCCUUCGACCCAAAAGAAGGCAAGUUCGUGGGCCUCCCCCCACAAUGGCAGAACAUUCUGGACACACUGCGGCGACCCAAGCCUGUGGUGGACCCUUCGCGCAUCACACGGGUGCAGCUCCAGCCCAUGAAGACAGUGGUGCGGGGCAGCUCGGUGCCCACAGACGGCUACAUCUCGGGGCUGCUCAACGACAUCCAGAAGUUGUCAGUCAUCAGCUCCAACACCCUGCGCGGCCGCAGCCCCACCAGCCGCCGGCGGGCACAGUCCCUGGGACUGUUGGGGGACGACCACUGGGCCACCGAUCCGGACAUGUACUUGCAGAGCCCCCAGUCUGAGCGCACUGACCCCCACGGCCUCUACCUCAGCUGCAACGGGGGUGCCCCAGCAGGCCACAGGCAGAUGCCACAGCCCGAGCCGCAGAGCCCACGGGUCCUGACCAAUGGGCUGGCCGAGAAGGCACAGUCGCUGGGCCCUGCCGAGUUCCACGGUGCCGUGCAGCGCUGCCUGCAGCUGGGCGCCUGCCUGCAGAGUUCUCCACCAGGUACCUCACCCCCCACGGCCACUGGUAGGCGUGGGACCAAGGCUGCCAGGCACGGCUCCGAGGAGCCUCGGCCACAGUCUUGCCUGGUGGGCUCGGGCACAAGCAGGCCCGGCGGGGAGGGCAGCCCCAGCCCUGAGACCCAGGAGAGCAGCCUUAAGCGCAGGCUGUUUCGAAGCAUGUUCCUGUCCACUCCUGCUACGGCCACAGCCCCGCCAAGCAGCAGCAAGCCAGGCCCUCCGGCACAGAGCAAGCCCAACUCCUCUUUCCGACUGCUGCAGAAAGACUUGCCCCCAAAUCUGGUGGCCAAGGCCCAGUCCUUGCCCUCGGACCAGCCUGCGGGGAACUUUAGCCCUCUGAGCACCUUGGAUACCAGCAGCCCCCAGAAGUCCCUCCGCACGGCCCCAGCCGCCGGCCCCCCUCCAGGCCGAUCUUCCCCGGCAGGCUCCCCCCGCACCCGGCACGCCCAGAUCAGCACCAGCAACCUGUACCUGCCCCAGGACCCCGUGGUGGCCAGGGGUGCGCUGGCCGUAGAGGACACAGGCGUCGUGACGCACGAGCAGUUCAAGGCUGCGCUCAGGAUGGUGGUGGACCAGGGUGACCCCCGGCUACUGCUGGACAGCUACGUGAAGAUUGGCGAGGGCUCCACGGGCAUUGUCUGCCUGGCCCGGGAGAAGCACUCAGGCCGCCAGGUGGCCGUCAAGAUGAUGGACCUCAGGAAGCAGCAGCGCCGGGAGCUGCUCUUUAAUGAGGUGGUGAUCAUGCGGGACUACCAGCACCUCAACGUGGUGGAUAUGUACAAGAGCUACCUGGUGGGCGAGGAGCUGUGGGUGCUUAUGGAGUUCCUGCAGGGCGGUGCCCUCACAGACAUCGUCUCCCAAGUCAGGCUGAAUGAGGAGCAGAUCGCCACCGUGUGUGAGGCCGUGCUGCAGGCCCUGGCUUACCUGCACGCCCAGGGCGUCAUCCACCGGGACAUCAAGAGUGACUCUAUCCUGCUUACCCUCGAUGGCAGGGUGAAGCUCUCAGACUUCGGAUUCUGUGCUCAGAUCAGCAAAGACGUCCCUAAGAGGAAGUCUCUGGUGGGAACCCCUUACUGGAUGGCUCCGGAGGUGAUCUCCAGGUCUCUGUAUGCUACCGAGGUGGAUAUCUGGUCCCUGGGCAUCAUGGUGAUUGAGAUGGUAGAUGGAGAGCCACCCUACUUCAGCGACUCCCCAGUGCAAGCCAUGAAGAGGCUCCGGGAUAGCCCCCCACCCAGGCUGAAAAACUCUCACAAGGUCUCCCCAGUGCUGCGAGACUUCCUGGAGCGGAUGCUGGUUCGGGACCCCCAGGAGAGAGCCACAGCCCAGGAGCUCCUGGACCACCCCUUCCUGCUGCAGACGGGGCUGCCCGAGUGCCUGGUGCCCCUGAUCCAUCUCUACCGAAAGCAGACCUCCACCUGCUGAGUCCACCUCAGAGUGUGCCUGACACCUGUGCCCACAGGCAGGCGACUCCGGGCGGCCAGCCUGCUGGCAGGGCCCACCUGCCUCAUUCUCUCAGUAUUCUCUCCAAAGAUUGAAUGUGAAGCCUCACCCCACCCUCCUGCCCCUCAGCCCACUGGGCCAGGCCGGACCUGCCCCCUCCGUCUCUCCCACCCAGGACAGGCUCCUGUAGCCUUUGGGUUGAUAGAGACCCCUCCUGCAGGGUGACCCUUUGUUAUUUGCACAGGGAUAUUUCUAAGAAACGUGGAGACCAGCACUCCUGGCCACCAAGGCCAAAGCAGCAGGAAGGGCUGCUGCAGUUUUUAAAGGUAGCUGUACCCUAGCAGCCAGGCCACCCAGGAGACCAGACUGCCAGUCUUCACACCGAUACUUGCUGUUCUCAGCUCCAGCUCCAAAUCUUGGGGUCUUUUGAGAGGGCCACAGGGAAAGCUUUUAUUGCCUGAAUCCUUCUUCCCUGACCCACUUCACUGACAUACACCCUUGCUACACAGCCUGCUCAGAACUGUGAACAGUCUGCUCAUAGGCCAUAGGAGGGGGAAAAAACCCAUUGCCGUCGAGUCAAUUCCAACUCACAGUGACCCUAUAGGACAGAGUAGAACUGCCCCAUGAGGUUUCCAAGGAGCGGCUGGUGGAGUCAAACUGCCAACCUUUUCAUUGGCAGCCAGGCUCUUAACCACUGCGCCCCCACGGCUCCCACAGGAGGGGAGGGAGCAUUUUGGGGUGAAAGAGGAAGAAUGGGGUUGGUGAUAAAGGCGGUCUCUUUUCAGGGUGGAGGAAACAUUGUGUGUUUGUUUAUGUGUGUGAUGUGUGUAUAAGGGGAGGAAGGUGACCCCAACAGCCUGAGUCCCUUCAGAUCACCCACAGGCAGCUUCAGUAAGGCUGCCCUGUCCCCCCUCCCACUAAGUUCAGCUCUGAAGGGACCUACUUUCUUGGCCUGGCUUCCCACCUCUGAAGUCCUGUGUUUCGACCUGACCGGUGAAUAAGGCCGAAUUGAGGCUAAUACAUCCCGGGAUCUCGGGGGAUCUGAGUGGCUUCCAGCAUUGUUACUGAGUUUCUCCUGUACCGUGGAUUCUGAGUUAGAGACCAGGAUGGUAAGGGAACUGAAGCUUUGUUGUACUGGUGAACUUCACCUUGAUAACCAGGUCAUCAGGAACCCAUUCUUCUCUUCUGAAUCCUGCACUGGGGAACUUCAUCAUUGAGAAUUUCAUCAUGUCAAGAGGAUGGGCACCCCACCUGUCAAACUGCCUCAAGCUGCCUCCUCAGACAUCUGUCUCCUUGUCCUCCUUCCCUCCCCACCUUCAGGGCUGCUGUGAGACAGGAAAUUCCAGGGAAGAACUUCAGGUGUCCAGACCCUAUCUAGAUAAUAUUUUUAGAUUUCUCUGCUCCCUAGUGGCCUGCUUUGGGGCAAAACAUUGCAAGGACUUUUUUAAGGGUCAGCGUUUUAAAAACAAAAGCAUCUUCCCUAGAAACUUUUGUGAAUUGUUUGCACUUGUGCCUGUUUUAAAUUAAACUGAGUGUUCAAAACCUUGGGGCUUCCUGUUGUCUCUGGAAGGAAGCCAGGCUGCCUUUGAAUUGGGCGCUCUGUAGUCCAGCUGGGUGUCUGGUGUGGCCAUCCCUCCUCCCCGCCCCCUGUGAGGCCCCGCAGGGGUCACACUGGCCUAUGGAAAACACAACUCCCUGCUGUGUGUGUGGGCCCGAAAGAAAUGAGGGCAGAGAAGGAGGGAAACAGGAAGUGAAAGGCCCUUGAGACUAAAGGCGAUGAGAACUAGACAGUGCUCCUUCCCCGGGGGGAGAAGAGAAGACGUGCUCUCCUGGCCAGGGGCUGUGGUUGCCACGCCUCGGGGGGCUCUCGGGAGUCACUGGCCGUUGACCACUUUCUGCAUCAGCUUCUCCCCAUUUGCUUCUCUCUCCCUGGAAAGCCAAAGGCUGCUCUCCUCAAGCCACUCAGAGGAAGUGGUGUGAAACUGCUUCCACCCACAACUAAGGCUGUUUCAGCUCUCAAAACUGGGGGAGACAGUGUAGAAAUGCAAAAAGCCAAGAAACCUGGUUUCCAGUCCUGGAGAGGUGAUUCAAGUUGUCUUUAAACGUCUAGCUCCAGUAUUGAUUCCAUUCCUUUCUGAGAGCUCAUCCUACCUCCCAACCAGGGUUCACUGACGCAUCUUCUCAGGAGCAAGGAGCCAUGUGGAUCUCCUCACCACUCCACCUGGCCAGGUUCCCUGGACCCCCCCACCUGGGCCCCAUCCCACCAGCUCAGUCAGGUGCAGCACCUGUGACAACUUCAGGAGCUAGCCACAGGAGGAUGGGCAGGGCCUGAAGUUAACAUAAAGCAGGCCCCUUCGCAGGCGGGAAGCACAGCUUUUCGUCUCUCCAAACGGAGCCGGGAGACAGGAAUGGCUGGCAAGGCAGAAAGGCACCAGUUUUCUCAGCUGAACAAUACUGGGUUUAUUAACUCUUUUUGUGAGUGCUAAUAGUCCUUCCACCAAACAGUGUCAUCCCAAAGAACUGUGCAUACAUCACUUAGCCUCACACACAGACCAGCUCUGAGCUUGAUCUCGGAGUACCAAGCUCCAGUGGCCUGGGCGACUUCACAACAAUGAAAGCAACAAGAGCUGGGAAAGCAAAAUGUUUAGAAAGGUCUCUUAUAAAGUGAAGAGAGCUGCCUGGGACCCCAGUCUCCAUGGCCAUGGGCGGGCAAUGAGAGGAAGCUCCGGACAGCGAAAUGGGGUGAAGCUCACAAGCUCUGCACAGAGCUGUGGCUGGCAAGAAAUCUAUAACAACAGCAAGUCAGUCACACAAUUCAGUUCAGACAGGAAAGAUCUGCUGUGGUUUUUUAGAAACAUCACUUUCAAUCAUGAAGCGCUUAGCAACUCGGCUAGAGAAGCCCUCAUGGUUGUUUACCCAAUGAAGGGGACCCCAGGUGACAUUCAACCGAAAGGCACAUGCCAGCAGCAAUGGAAAGAUGACAGCACCUUCACCAUAAUGUGCAACCCAGACUUCAAUGUGUUUUUAAGAAGCCAAAAUACUCCUAUUCUCACAGCAUUUAAAACAUCAUGAAAAGUAAACAGUUGAAAAGGGAGUGAGCAAGCAAGGAUCAGAAGUAGUUUGCACUUGGGGUAUCCAAUUGUCCCCCACCCCACCUCAGCCCUGUCCCUCUGUGUUGUUCGCCCACCCACUCAGCUACUGACAGUGGGGCUGAGAAGAUGCAGGUGUUUGGGGAGAAGGGUGAAAGGCUGGGACACCUCAGAAACUGAAGCAAAUACCAUCAGACGAAAACAGUGCACAGUUAGCAAGCCCCAAGGUUUAGAAGUCAUAAAGGAGGAAUUGGCAGCUCCAAUGCCGGAGCCAGGAGCUCUCUGGGCGCCGAGCUUUAACUUCGAAGAUCUUGGGGUUCUCAGUGAUAGGUGUGGCUCCUGCUACACCAAAUGCGGGUUUUUGUUGACUGUCCCUUACUUCACUGCUGUAGAAUGAUUUCAAGUAUCCGGAUUUAAUAUUCUACGAGAGGAAGAGGAUUCCAUGGGUAAAUACACACGGAGGGAAAAGUACACAGCGGUGUUCCCAAAUUAAACCAGAAGUCCGAACUCCGAGCCAAGGCGCAGCGGGGAAGCGCAGCGCUGCCACCAGGGGGCACCAGAGAACACGUCCAGCGUGCAGGCCCGUGCAGCCUCGCCGACCCUCGUGGUCUGGGGGAGGUAGGUGUCUGACACCCGCACAGUGCCACCUCCUGGCCGAGCACCCACCCCCAACCUCAGGCCCAAUUUCUGAGCACGGGUCAUUCUCGCUCCGGGCAAUUCCCUCGGAGUUACUGGUGUGAAACCUUCCGUUCUGCAAAAACGAACAGAUCGACGUCUUGAAAAAAGACCCCACCGCAGGCAGGUAAGGGGCUGCACGCUCAACCUUCGAGGUUCGCGGAAAGAGCCCCCACGCGCCGCCACCCUGGGGGUGGGCGCACAGCCGUGUGCUAGCGCUUCCGCGGGGUCCUAGCGCCCGCGAGCCUCCAGCCCCUCCAACCCCCUCUCCAGGCCGACACAAAGCGAAGGCGGGCGGAGGCGGGAGGGAGGAGACGAGGGACGC